AUGGAUCUCACCGCUGCGGUUGUCUCCCUAACUUGGGAUGUGUUUGACAGUACUAUCCGCAUGUUCAAGUUCAUCACCGCACUGGUUGAAAUGCCAAAGGAAUGCGAGAAAUACCGGGUCCAUCUCAUCAUCGAGUACAACCGUGUCCUUGCCUGGGGAAAGACAGUCGGUCUUCUAGACUCUAGCGGCUCGACCUUGGCAGCCACACUGGGAACCAGCAGCAUUGAACUUGUGGCCAUUGUGAGCAGGAUUCAAUGGGUUCUUUCGGAAUUCAGAGACCUUAAUUCCCGAUAUGCAAACGAGCUCCCGGUGGAACAGAGCAACAGCAAGCCACCGACAGACAUUGACAUCCUCAAGAAGAUAUCCAGCUUGGCUGUAUCAUACGAGACCGACAGAAAACAGUCCAACCGCCCCCAGAGUACCAAGCAUAUCCGAGACCUCCUUUUGAAGAUUGGCCGCCACACCAAAGAGAUUGUUACUCAUCCCCUUCGAGUACGUUGGGUGGCAGUCGACAGGGAGGCAUUCGAGGCGCUCCUGGUUGACCUCCAUGCUCUAACAGGAAGACUCUACGAGCUUACGAAGUUCCACCAGGAGAACCGGAUUGCUGACAUAACGGCAAAAACUCAUCGCGAGAUGAUUUUGGCCCGCAACGAUAUCCAGGAGCUCAGGGACAUGUUCGAGGCUUUUUCAUCCCGGCUGACCACGGCCCCAAGCAGCAGUAAGGCGAGCGAGAACUACGACAUGGAUAGUAUAUUUCAAGAUCUAGUUCGGCUCAAGAAACUCAGCGUCACCUCAGAAGACAUCCUCGCUAGAGUCAAAGGCGACAGCACGUUUGACACCAACAGCAGCUUGCUUGAACUUCAAGUUUCGGUGCGUAAAUUCACCGCCACAGACCUUAGCGCCGAUUUUGAAUGGAACGAACCCGCAUUUGAGGAACCCCAGUUUCUCGCUAGACCACGGGGUAUCCUGUACGCUGAGGGCGUCACUACCAUGGUCUGGAUAGAGUGGAAGUCACUCGGUGAUGUUGCUCCUGACUCGCUCGAAGACAAGCAAUCGACCCUUCGCACGGUAGCCUUGGCUGAGAUGCUACAUUCUCCCAAACCGGCAUCCCUCCACGUACCCGAAUGCAUAGGGUACUUCGACGAUCGCAAUGUCUGGGGCACGGAGCGGUUCGGUUGGAUAUUCAAAAUGAACGAUGGCAGCGACUGCCACACUCGCGUCAUUUCGCUGCAUGAUAUCCUCGGCAACGGCAAGCUCAAGCCGAGCCUGUCGACGCGCAUAAAGUUGGCCUUCAAGCUCUGCUCGACGGUUUUGAACCUCCACGCGGUGAAUUGGUUGCACAAAGGGAUUUUUAGCGACAAUGUGGUCUUCCAUCUGGAUGGUGUUGGUGGUGUAGAAGAACGAAGCAAUGUCGUCGCUCUUGAAAGACCCUUGCUAACAGGGUUUGAGUUCUCCCGGCCUGACGGGACACACACAACGGCGAGGGAUACGGAUGUUACCUGGGAUCUGUACCGCUGGCCCGCCAUCCAGCGGGAGAAGCUGACGGAGCGAAACUCGAAGAAGACGUAUGAUCUGUACAGCUUGGGCUUGCUGUUGCUGGAGAUCGCCCAUUGGGAGAGGCUUGAUAGAAUCAUGCUGCUGGGGAAGAACAAAGACCGCAAGGCAGAUACUGAUUUAACCGUGCCGCUGGAGGAGUCGAAGGCAGUCCGGGAGUGGCUAUUGGGGAUCAAAGGGGGCUCGCCGUUCGAGGCAGCGGGCUGGCCAAACCCUCUGGAAGAAGUGCGCAAUAUUGCGGGCGACAGGUAUUGGAAGGCGGUCGAAAGAUGCCUCUGGGCGCAUGGUGAGAAGGGUUUCGGGGUCGAAGAGUCUUACGAUCAAUCGAGCCCUCGAGUAGGGAUCCUGCUUCAGGAGGCGUUUACCAAGCAUGUAGUUGAGGAGCUUGGGUGCAUUCAUGUUUAG